AUGUCGACUGAAACUUUGAUUUUGGACAAUGGUUGUUUUAAUAUUAAAAUUGGAUAUGCAGGUUCUAAUUCGAGAUUAUUUCCGAAUGCAAUAAUUAAAUCAAAAUUUGACAAGAAACGUGUUUAUAUAGCCGAUGAAAUUGAACAAUUGUCUGAUAAAACUUCUUUGUAUUUUUCCCUUCCAAUUGAGCGCGGAUAUUUAGUUAAUUGGGAUACACAAUUACAAAUUUGGAAUAAAUUGUUUGGAAAGGAUAAUUUGAAUGUAGACUAUAAAAAUUGUAGAAUAAUUUUGACUGACCCUUCUGAUAUUUCGAGGUUAUUUUUAAAUUGA